CCCUUUCGUGCCCAUCGUCGCACGCCCCCUUUUGUACGUGCGCAGGCUCACACGCCGCUCGGGCGCGAGAUAAAAGUCUUGAGUCUAGCAGGAUGGUGGCCUGCUCCCGCUGACUCUUCGGUAGACGCUGCCUCUCCCUUGACCAGCCCAACUACGCCGGAAACACCAGACAGGUGUUACAGCCAAAAAUGCCAUCAUAUUUAUUACUGUUCAAUACAAUGUUACUUAUACCACAGAUGACAGACCUGAGCCAGUUUAUUUCUAUGAAUAUGGGCCUAAAGACGUGGCCACCAUCUUUUUCUACAUGCUUAUAGCCAUUAUUCUGCAUGCAGUGAUUCAGGAAUACAUACUAGAUAAAAUUAAUAGACGACUUCAUUUGUCAAAAACAAAGCAUAGCAAAUUCAACGAAUCAGGGCAACUAGCAUUUUUCUACUUGUUUUCAUUUGUCUGGGGAGCAAGUAUUUUGUCUGCAGAAGAAUUCACAACAAACCCAACUUUAUUGUGGGAAGAUUACCCUCAUUCUCACAUGUUUUUUCAGGUUAAAUUCUUCUAUAUCUGCCAGAUUGCCUACUGGCUUCAUGCACUGCCAGAACUUUACUUCCAAAAGAUUAGAAAGGAAGAUAUUCCAAGACAGUUGCACUAUAUCUGCCUUUAUAUUGCUCACAUAGCUGGUGCCUACAUUUUGAAUCUUCAUCGUUUGGGUCUCAUUUUGCUGGUACCUCAUUACCUUGUGGAACUUAUCUUUCAUGCUUCACGCCUUUUCUACUUCAGUGACGAGAAUAAGCAGAAAGGAUUUACUCUUUGGGCUCUGCUGUUUGUAAUGGCUCGUCUUCUGACCCUCACUUUGUCAGUCCUUACAUUUGGAUUUGGUCUGGCAAGAGCAGAAAAUCCUGGCUUUUCUAUAGUGGAAGGAAACUUCAGUAUACUCACCAUUAGAAUCAGCUGUCUGGCUGCAAUUUGUUUGACCCAAGCUUGGAUGAUGUGGAAAUUCAUAAAUUUCCAAUUGAAAAAAUGGAGAGAGCAUAUACAGAACCAAAUUCCAAAGAAAAAAACGAAUGCAAAGAUUAAAUCAACAAAAAAGGAAUCAUGUAGAACCAGUUUUGUCAAUGGAGCAGUAAAAUUUGAAGAGGGCACAUCACCUAGAAAAAGAAAAUCAAAAUUUUUGUGAAAAGCAGAGACCUAGAGGACAGUGAUUUAAAGGAGAACUUUGUUAAAGAGAAAAAAGGUUAAUUCACCACACAGAGAGAACAAGAGACUCUUGACUGUUCUGGCUAAAGGAUGCUGGUUGAAAUAAUAUAUAUUUUUAAUAUAUGUUUGUCAACAAAACUUCUGAAAAUAUUUCAUCAUGACUUUAGCUUCUUUGACAUUAUGAUAGUGUCAACUAUCUCACUUUUUAAAAUUGAGUUUUUGUUUUCUCGCAUAAAAAUCAUGUUGCAGUUUCUGGAAGUAGGCACAGGAGAGACUUAUAAAUGAGGCUUGCCUUUUAUUUGGAGCUUGAAAAUAACUGAUAUUUCUAUUUUAAAAAUAGUUUUUAAGAAUCUUAAUUUCUGGACUUAGAGCUAGUUUUUUGCUUUUUAUACAGAUUUUUAGUUAUAGUGUUUGUUAUACUGUCUGAAAUGGCUCUUUGUUAAGAGGCAGUUUAAGAUGCUUUUUGAUUUUAAAAGUUCAUAAAGUACAUUUAAUGCCCUUAAUCCUACAAAAUGCAAAUGAAAUUAAAAAGUGGAUUUCACUCAGUUGUGCAACAAAAAUUGUAUAGGCUGCAAUUUGCACUAGUUCUGAAAAUGUGCAAUGACUAUUACAACAGGCCUAAUGUUAGCAUUGUGACAUUGUUAGAUAUAGCUCAUUAUCUUCAUGUAUGGCAAACUGCCAAUUUAAUAUAGGUUACAAUGUGUGUCCUUGAAGAAUGGCUGCAAAUUAAUAACUUAAAGCCAAAACUUGUACAGUUGGUUUUAGGAGUUUACAUAUGAAUUUGAGAUUUCAGAUAACUGGUUUUGUAUAGAUUACUUCUAAAUCUUCUAGGGGAAGUAUAGAAACUAUUCUUUUUAAAAUGGUGCUAAAAAGUCUAAUUAGUUUGUGGAUCCAUGAAACUUAAUACUUUAUCUUUUCUUAAAAUGAAUGUUUAACAUACAGAGCUGUAGAUGAUUUCAGAUCGACUGUUGGACUAUAAUGUCAGCUUUGGCAUGUGUAGUAACAAGUCUUGAAGUUUUUAUUAUUUGUUACAGAACAAGAACAUUAGGACUAUUGGGCUAUUCUAUACAGUGGGGUUUCGACUUGAGAACUUAAUCCGUAUUGGAAGGUGGUUCUCAAGUCAAAAAGUCUGUAAGUCAAGUCUCCAUUGACCUA